GUUUUGUUUUGGAACGGUCCAGUUGCUUGGCGGGCGGCGCACGAGUCGAACUGUUCCCACGCGCGAUACGAUUAGCUCGACGCGGUGCAACGUAACAUGAACGGGUCGCAUUUCUAUACGCGCCGCGCCUCGCCGCGCUCGCAACGCCGAUAACAUCUGCGAAACCAAUAUUUAGGCCGGCGAUAUCGUGAUAGGGUUCGAAUUCGUGCGCGACAUUUCGCCGGCAUCGCGCGGCCAUGUGAUCGCUCCCCGACCGAUGGGAGCGAAAAUCGAACAAAAAAGCCGCCUGCUAAUGUCUACCCCUCCCGGUCGCUACAAAAAAGGGAUAAAAAGGUUAUUCCUGGAAUGCACACAUGUGGACGCCGGGUAAAAGUGGGUGCUCAUAUUGAAUCUGCAGUGUUACCACGAUGCCUCGGAGGAGCAGGUGGAUGCAUUUGGCCGCGGGGGUCGCUCUCGGCGUAACCUUCGGGAUUUUCCUCAAGUUGUGUUUAAGGACUUCAUCCAGGACGACUAUAGAGCCAUGUCCGGAAUCGGCGAAGUUGGUCGAUGCCGACCCUCUCGCCCUGAUAGGCUUGCUGCCAAACGAGACUGUUCACAACUCGAACAGGACAUUAGUGUUCGUGGGUGUAAUGACAGCUGAACAAUAUUUAGGUUCUAGAGCAAAAGCAGUGUAUGAAACUUGGAGCCAGGACUUGCCUGGUCGGAUCGCAUUUUUCAGUUCGGAAGUGUCGCGUGCGCCUGGUUUACCUUUAGUACCCUUGCGUAAUGUGGACGACAGUUAUCCUCCGCAAAAGAAAUCUUUCUUAAUGUUGCUGUACAUGUACGAGAAGUACGGGGAUAGGUUCGAGUGGUUCAUGCGUGCGGAUGAUGACGUGUAUGUGAGAGGUGAUAAGUUGGAGGAGUUCUUGCGUUCGGUGGACAGCAGGAAACCGCAGUUUAUCGGGCAGGCCGGUCGAGGUACUAGUGAUGAGCGAGAUGCUCUGGCUCUGGACUACAAUGAGAACUUCUGUAUGGGUGGGCCGGGUGUGUUGUUCUCUCGGGAAACGUUGAAGAGGGUGGCGCCUCACGUGAAGUACUGCCUGAAGCACCUGUACACGACGCACGAGGACGUGGAGCUGGGCCGCUGUGUCGCCAAGUUUGCCGGAGUGUCGUGCACGUGGAGUUAUGACAUGCAAACAAUUCUACAUCACAACGGCAGUGGGAACUUGGCAUACACCGGCAGAUUGAAGAACAGAGAAGUACAUCGAGCCAUCACACUACAUCCUGUGAAGGACCACAGACAAAUGUACAGGAUACAUUCCUAUUUUAAGAACCUUCGAAUCCAAGAGCUACGGGAACGUUCUCUGGACCUGCACCGAGAAAUUGCAUUAGCCAUGAAGGAAUUGCAAGUUCCUGAGGAUGAGAUUGAAGACUACAAGCUGCCUGGAGACGAACCGCUGUUUCCAGCCAAGAUUGGAGAUCCAGAGUAUCUGGGUGACAAUAAAAUAUUAGGUGCUCCAUUAGACAUGAACCGCUAUAAACCAGAUACGGUAGAAGAUAUAGUGCCAUUUGACUUCAUCAGCAAGUCUUUGUACUCAGCCAGCCACGCCAACCCUAAGAGGCGGAUAGAAGGACCACUUCGGGAAGCACUCGAUGACGUUAUCAGAGAAGUGAUGGAGAUAAUAAACGCGCCCUCUCGUCAGCGAGGUCGAGUUAUAGACUUCAAUGAGUUACUAUACGGGUACACUCGGCUGCAGCCGCUGCAUGGAGCUGAUCAUGUCCUGGACCUGCUCCUCAAGUACCGUCGCUACAGGGGACGCAAGAUGACUGCUGCAGUUCGGCGACACGCUUACCUGCAACAAAGUUUUACCAGUAUGGAGAUUAGAGAAAUACCAAUGGGAGAUCCACCGCCUCCUGAGGACCCAGAAGUUUUAGAUGAAGCCAACAAUCCCGUAGAUUAUGAUGAUUUUGAUGAAUCUCGUCAACAACAGGAAGGGUUCUUAGACAAAUUAAAUGUAAGAGAAGCGCUCGAAAGUGGCCUAAUGAAGUUGCAGAACUUACCGAAAGUAUUGAAUUGGGGUGAUGAUGGUUCUGAAGAGUACUCGGUAUACGAUAGAAGGAUCCACUUUAUAAUGCCUUUGUCCGGUAGACAAGAAACGUUCGGAAGAUUCAUGAAAAAUUACGAAGAUAUCGUCCUGAAGACUAAUGAGGCUGUGUCACUAAUAGUUGUACUGUACCUAGAUACUAGUAAUCCUCUAGACUAUAAGAGCACUGAGGACUUAGUCAACUUCUAUGUUAGUACGUACGGUAAAGAUAUCAGGACAGUGCUCAUGGGUACGGAAACGUUCUCAAGAGGUGCAGCAUUAACGGAAGGACUAAAACUCUGCUCACCUGAUGAUUUAGUUUUCUUUAUAGAUGUAGAUAUGAUGUUUAAUUUUGAUACCCUCAGAAGAAUCAGGAUACACACUAUCAAGUAUCAUCAAGUAUAUUUCCCGGUAGUGUUCAGUGAGUACAAUACUGAAGUGGUUAACGGUGAUGAUUACAAUAAAUUGUUGGGUGAGAAAAUCGAAGAAGAACCUACUAUAGAUGAGGCUGAAGUAGAAGAAGAGCCAGUGGAAGAGGUAGAAAAAACUGAAAAGGAAUUGAUUAAUUUAAAGUAUAGCAAAGAUAUAACUAACGACAACGGUUAUUUCAGGCAGUAUGGUUUCGGUAUUCUAGCUAUAUACAAGUGUGAUUUUGAACGCGUUGGAGGAUUUGAUUUAAAAAUCAAAGGCUGGGGAAUGGAAGAUGUCCAAAUGUUCGAAACCUUAAUAAAAUCUAAUUUAACUGUAUUUAGGGCAGCAGAUGCGAGCCUUGUUCAUAUCUUCCAUUCAGUGGCUUGUGACAAAACUUUGGAGAGACCUCAAUUUUUAAUGUGUCUUGGCACAAAAGCCUCCACAUAUGGGAGUGAAAAACAAAUGAUUAACUAUAUGAUAAAUCAUCCUGAAGUGAUGUGGCCUCCAGAACAGGAUGUCGAAGAAAUCGAGAAAAAAGCAGAAGAAGAAAAAAAGGCUGAAGAAGAAAGAAAAGCGGAAGAACAGAAGAAAAUUGAAGCUGAUAAGAAGGCUGAAGCCGAGAAAAAAGCUAAAGCUGAGGCAGAAAAGAAAGCUGAGGCGGAAAAAAAGGCUGAGGCAGACAAGAAGGCAGAGGCUGAUAAAAAGGCCGAAGCUGACAAGAAAGCUCAUGCUGACAAAAAAGCUGAAGCCGACAAAAAGGCCGAGGCUGCCAAAAAAGCCGAGGCUGACAAAAAGGCCGAGGCUGACAAGAAAGCCGAGGCAGAUAAAAAAGCGUCAGAAGAGAAAAAAGGUGCUAGAUAGUACAGGGUUUAAUAUACGGUCUAGAUAUUCGGUGCAAAGAACUAAGUAAAGUAAUUAAUGAUUUGUAUAAAUAUGAGUACGAAUUCUAGUAUUUUAAUAUUUUUGUUGUCCUUUUCUGUACAUAUUUAUUUAGAAAAGGUAGUCCUUCGUAGUAAGAUAUAAAUUAUAAGAGAUUUUACAAUUUUUAUCUUAAAUAAGGAUAUUUAGGUGAACUUAAAUUGACGCAAAAUAAAUUAAAAUUUCGAACGAAUACUUGUUUAUUUCAAAACUAAUGUGAUUUAGUAUUAAGAUACAUUUCGUGUAUAAAUAAGUUUUCUAGAAACUAUUUACAUUGCUGGCUUUAUCUUGCGUCAAAAUUAUUCGUAAACAAAUUAUUCUUGUAUAUUUUAUCCUACUCUCUCAAAUGAUUCCAUGUUUGUAAUGAUGCAUUUAUUUCUAUUUUAUCUUACUUAGUACGAUUUUAUUUAUUUAUAAUCUUUAAUCGAUUAUUUUACUCUCUUAUUAAUAUCCCAUUUACAAUUUAUUGGAACAAGAAUACCUUAUAAUAUACUAGGUAUCGAUUUUAUUCUAUUUGUAGUAAUUUUAAAGCAAGGUAUAUUUUUCCUACGAAUCGUACCUCACUUAAGUGUAGUUGUAAGUAAUUCAAUGGAAUUGUUAUACAAAUUAAAUGAACUUCAUGUACAAAGUGACGGUACAUUUUGGUGCGGAAAACGAAACGUUAUAAAUACUUUUAAAAAAGUAUAAUAAUUUUGUUCCUAUUAAAACAAAAUAUACUAUAUAAAUAAAUGUAAACCUUAUUAAUUUAGCUGUAUGAUGUGUUAUACAGUCUGUGUUUCUAUCCAAUAUUUAUUAUGUUAAUCUUCUCUAUUACUUUAGUCCAAAACUAUAAUUUUUCGAAAUUGUAUGCAUGUUUUAAAUGGAAAAAAACCUAUACCAUGGUACUCUGUACUUCGCCGAAAGCACAAAGAAAUUGGCUGGCCAAUAUUGUACGCUAGCGGUAAUAUCACUGAGAAUAUAUUAGUAUUAAACAUCUAAGACCUGUACGGGUUGAGUUAGGGCUUAAACAAGUCACACAAUAGCAUAAUAACCUAGUUUAAUUAGUAUCAAGUCACUGCCAAGUUGCAUUAACACCUUUUUUAUACGCUCCGGUCUUUGGCUAACCGACUCCGGCUACCUGCCCCUAAGUUGUACCGAAAAUUUUAACGUACAUUGACUGCCUAAUACCUGGCUCUGGAUCUGGUUCGUGUAAAAAGCCACUAAGACCUCGUUUAUAGCGUCGCGGUGCGAUGUAUACAUUGCUUGUAAUGUUCGUGUAUGAGGAAGCGAUGACGCUACCCAUUGCAGAAACGUAUGACGAACAACCCAAAAUUCCUAAGACUAAGUUUCAGCUUCAAGUGAAUUUUAUUCUUUUGUAAAUUAUUUUCCUUCAUUUGUCAACUGUCCAUGUCAUGCAGAAUACUCGAAAACUUUGGUUGUGACAAGCUUAUUUAUCGUUUGAAUAGGCUUACGUUCGGAAUAGGCAAUACCACUUAAUGGCAAUAUUACUUACUUUGUUAUUAAUUUAGGAGGAAUGUUGAGCAUGACGUAGUGAUGCCAGGUAUCGCGGACUUAUGGCUAGAUAUCAAGCUAUAAAACACCAGUAUUAACAGACCUUUAGACGUAUGAAAAGAUUAUGGAAAGUGUGAUCAUGGUUAUACUGGUUAGUAU